GCGGCGGGGGGGGGUGGAGAGAAGAGGACGAUUCUGCAGCAGCAAAUAAGCAAAAAAUAUCCCCUCGUCUGUCGAGUCUCGCUUACACUUGAUCUUUGAAUUUUGGCUGCGGAUUAAAUCUGGGGGAAAUGAUUAAAGCGGAAAGCAAAGGAGAGAGGACCCUAAGGAGUGCCUCCCCCCACAGGAACGCGUACAAGUCAGACUUCCACGCCAUUAAGUGCUCCUUUGAUGGGUCAAAAUCCGAGGGCUCUACCAAGUCAUAUGCAAAUGGCUCCAGUGACACUCGGGAGGACUCGAGGGGGAGGCCUUUUGGGAAUCGAGUGAACAAGAUAAAGAACAUUUUCCUGCAAAUGGACGGCCAACAACAAGAGGGCCAGGAAGUGAAAACAGCUUUAAAAUCUGAUGUUUCCCAAGUGUCCCCAUCAAAAGUACAAUUUUCAGGCAGCACGCACAAAGCGAACUUCAGCAGUCCCGCAAGCCCAGAAUUGCUCAAUUUGGAUAAAUCGCCCAAGGGAGAAGAAGUUGAGAUAGACAAAGCAGCUUUGGCUGAGAAGUUUUCUGUUACGAGAAAGCUGUUUGAAAGGGGCAUCAAAGAGCAGCCUGGAGCUGAAAAGCAUUCUAGUAGAGCAGUGAGCCGCAUGUCCCUUGGUAGUGCUUCUGACGAGGGGAAGACAACAAGGAGGGUGUCAGGAUCCACUGAAACAAACACCAAAUCAGAGCAGUCUCAUAUAACAGUUAAAAGUCGACCAGAGGAGAAGACUGAAGUUGAGGAGAAAAAAAAUGUAUCCAGGGUGUCACUCAAUGCUGGACCCAUCUCCAGGAGGCUGGAGAACUUCAUGGCAGGCAGUGACACUGAAGAGGCUGACAGAGCAAAUGCAAAAGGUGCAUUGGCCUCUGCUAAAGCAUGCACUCCAUCUGAACAUACCCAGCUCACUUCCCCAACAAGGGACAGCCCCCACAAACCCACUUCUUCUUCUAAGGAAGCCACUAAAAGCCCCUCUUCACUACUAACUGAUGCCACUAACAAAUCAACAUCCCCAAGCACCUAUGCCAUAAACAAACCAUCAUCCCCUGUGACCACAGUGACUCCCAAACCAACUUUCCCAUAUACUAAUGCAGCGUACAAAGCCACCUCUCCAACAACUGAUGCAACGCACAAAUCCCUCUCAGCAGAGCAAACCCCCCCAGUCAGCCAGAGCUACAAGCGCUCCUCAUCUUGUGAUGGCUUUGGUAGACCAUCUGUCAGUGGAGAGGGAGUCAAGCUCUGUAGCUCGCCCCAAAGGGAUGUGAAGCAGUCCCUUCCAUUGGGCUGUAAUUUUCAAAGCACCAACAGGGCAAAACAUUGUGAGAGUGCCAAGAGUGGUGGGCAAACAGCACAUGGCCCUACCAGAGAUAAGCCUGCCAACCAGGGCUCAUCACUGGACUCCAGGGGGGUGAGCAUGGUCCGGGCAGAACUAGUUGUGGUCCAGAAUGAGUCAUCAGAGAGUGAGGAAAAUGAAGACGAGAAUGUUCGAGAUUGCGUGUUUGAGGAGCUGAAUGUACAAAGCCCCAAAGAACUCACUAAAGGUCUAAAGAGAAACCUCCCACCAGAGAAACAAAAUGGAAGCCCUGCACAGCAUGCCAUUGCUAGAGAUGAGGCUAAAGAGACACAAACUACAGUGGAGAAAGCAGAUGCAAGUAGAGUCACGGAAGGCAGGAAGCUAUCUGGGCAGACACAGGAGAAGGAGAGUUUAUUUGCAGGUCAAAGUGGUACAGAGAAUCACGAGGAAGAUGAGGAUGUUGCUGAAGAAGAGAGUGAGCAGGUGGGCCAGGGCAUAAGGGACAGGGCCUCUCCGGUGGUGUAUGGCAUUGAGAAUGCAGCGUUUGUGGAUGACAGAGAUGUAGAUCAGGUCCUCAGGGAAGAGGAGGAAGAGGAAGGAGAGUAUCAACUAGAGGAGGAGGAGGAGGCACAGAGUUAUAGGGAUUACGAGGAUGAAUAUGAUGAGGCCCCUGGACUGUCAGAUGAGGAGGACCCACCUCCACGGAGGAAAAUCCAGUUCUCCACAGAAUCCAUUCUGGUCUUCAGUACAUACUCCAAUGAGGAGUAUGACCGGCGCAACGAUGAGGUGGAUCCAGUGGCAGCAUCGGCAGAGUACGAGCUGGAGAAGAGGGUGGAGAAGAUGGAUGUGUUUCCUGUGGAAAUUGAAAAAGGAGACAACGGACUGGGCAUCAGCAUCAUAGGAAUGGGAGUAGGUGCUGACCAGGGCCUGGAGAAACUGGGUAUCUUUGUGAAGACCAUAACAGAGAAUGGAGCAGCAGAGAAAGAUGGCCGAAUCCAGGUGAAUGACCAGAUAGUGGAGGUAGAUGGUAUCAGUCUGGUGGGAGUCACCCAGCUGUUUGCUGCCACAGUCCUGAAGAACACCAAAGGCACCGUCAGCUUCCUCAUUGGUCGGGAGAAGCCUGGGACACAGAGUGAAGUGGCCCGACUCAUCAGUGAGACACUAGAGCAGGAGAAGAACCAGCAGCAGCACCUGGAUGACCCCUAUGAGCAAUCCACAGAGGAGGAGGAGCACUAUGAAGACGAAGAGGGAGUAGAGGAAGGGCUCUUGGGCUCCAGUUUCUCUGCUAGGAGAAAUGUAGAGGUGUUCGAGUUACCUGAAUCAGAGGCACUGUUUAUGCCCACAAGCAUGGACUCAUCUCAGAUGGCCUUCAAGUUCAAAGAGCUUCAGCUCAAACAUGGCAUUGCUGUAGCCGAAAUAAACCAGCUUAAGGAAAAGCUACAGGCAUCUGAAGAGGACAAAGGAUUGUGGGAUGACAGGGAGGCUGCCCUGCAACAGAAGAUCCAGGAGAACAAUGAGAAGAUCCUGGAGAUGGAGAGUUACUGGCUGGAGGCCCAGGACCUGUGUAAGAGUGUCAACGAACGCCUGAUGGAUACUCAGAGCCAGUACGAAGCUCUUGAUAAGAAGUACAACAAAGCCAAGAAACUGCUUAAGGAUUACCAGCAGAAAGAGAUAGACUUUGUGAAGAAAGAAGAGGACCUUAAGAAAAUUCUGGAUGAAAAGGAUAAGCUGUACAAAGACCAGCUAGACAGCCUGCAGGAAAGGAUAGCUGUCCUGGAGUCCAGAGGGACAUCGGAUUAUCAUGUGGCGAGACAGGACUUGGCAGGAGAGGCCAUAUUGAGCAGCCAAGGUCCAGUCACCAGCACACAAUCUGUUGACUCACUGCAAGAUACAGACUGGAGUGAGGUGGUCCCUGAGACUGAGCGCUUGGACACCAGUGCACACAAAGCUAAGGGCCUUCUGGCUCAGAAAGCAAAACGUCAGCCUCCUUCUCGAAGCAAACUGAAGGGGAACCUUGCUGUGUCCUCGUGUCACUCCUUGGAGACAGAGGAAGAGGAGGAAGAGGAGGAAGAGGAGUGCCCCAGGAGGAGGAGGUCCAUCCAGGAGAGCUUGUCUCUGCCGGUGUCUGUUUGCUAUCCUGGGAACGGACAGAGAGAGGACCCAACUGAGGCCAGAGAGGGAUCCAGGAGUAAAGCGGAGCUCUCCAGCAGUCCCUCCUUGUCUCCAUCCCAGAGAGACAGCAUAGAAAGCGGGGAAAGCCCCUCUCUCUCCCCCCCUAAAGACGCCAGCUCACCGCACUCACCCUCAGCUUUCCUGCGCAGUGUCAAAAAGAGGGAGUCCAAAGGCAAAGGCAAAGAGGUCAAAGAAGAAUUAAAUGAAAGCUCCUCGGCAGGAAAACCAAAACGACGAUUUCCUGACUUUGGGGGCCUCCGGAAGUCAGGUGGAAAGGGAAAGAAACAUGACAAGGAAGCAAUGAGAGCAUCUCUGGACAGCAGGGGGUCGGCAGAACUUCUGGAGGAGUCUGGAGGGAACCUGUCUCCCUCUGAGUCCAUGACCUCAAUCCCUACUUGUAUGCCCUUCUCAUGGUUUGGGGACAGAGACCGGGACAGGGACAAGGAGCCAUCCUCUUCCAGCAGCAGUCUGCCAUACACAGCCACAGAGACCAGCAGCGAGCAAAGUCAGGACCGCAAGAACAAGACAAAUCUCUCCUGGUCUUCUUUAUUCAGUCGCUCAUUAGACUUGAGUUUGUCAGUCGUAGAUGACUCUAACCCGGGCAGUCCCGGUUCAGACAUCUCGGGGUUAAUUGCCGAACCCAAUCUGUCUGGGCGCUCACACACUUUAAUCUUCUCUUCCAACGAGACCUUAGACGAUGAACCAGUGCCCACAGGAAAAGAGUAUCAAUGGCAAAACCGGCCCGUCUCUGAGUGGACCAAUCAGCAAGUCUGCCACUGGUUGAUGGGCAUGAACAUGGACCAGUACACACCCGAGUUCACAGCCAGGGGUGUGGACGGCCAGCAGCUCAUGCACCUGGACAGCGAUAAGCUGAAGGCGCUGGGUGUGUCGAGUCAGAGCGACCGCUCCACCAUCAAGAAGAAGCUGAAAGACAUGCGCAAGGCCCAGGAGAAGCUGGAGAAACAGAGAGAGAAAAAGGAGAAGGAGGCCAGACGCAGCGGGAAACUGCCACUCAACACAGACUCCGUCUGCUGAGGUCGUGUCCGUGCAGUCCCAAUCCAUUCAGCUCAUUGUAUUUCCUGCCAUGGAGGACGAGGACACUAAACGGACCGGCUUCACCGACCACGUACGUGUCACGCAGUCCCUUAUUUGAUAAGAUUUACAUGUUGUAGACGCCACUGAUGUGACCACAGACCACGACAGCGCCCGCAGUGCGUCUGUGCUCAUAUUUUCAAGUGUCAGUCAUGAUGUAUGUCCACGCUGCAGCUCCUGGUCAGAGAACAAGAUCUGAAGCCUUUACUCACCCGUCACUGUUUUCUUCCAUAUGUUGUUAACGAUGCAUUUUCCUCCCGCGUCCAGGAUCAAACCAUUUCAGUUGAGAGGUAGGGGGAACAAAUGACAAGUGUAAAAAAAAGUGUUGGGCAUGUGACCAAAAAGGAAGCCCAACAUAUUUUUACCACUAUAAAGCAAGAAGCUAUGAUUAAAAAAAACAAAAAAAAAACAACUUUCUAGAUAUGAUGUAGUUUUCGCAGGUGAUGCUCUCAUUUACCUAUGGAAGUCAAAUGUAACUGCUUUUUGAAACAUUUUAUAUUAUUUUUGCUAGUACGCCUGAAGCCAUGUACAAAUCUUUUACAGGAACUGUUAUUGUACAGUUGAGAUAAAAGCACUAUAUUGUCUUUUAAGCUUCAAAUGGCGACAUGGUUCUGAGUGUAUAAAUACGUUUUAUACAUGUGCCUAUUAACUGCAUAACUUUUUCUUUUCUCUUUUUUUUUUUUAUGAAAAUAUGAUUAUGGUUCAUUUUAUACUAUAUACUGUUUUUCUACUAAGUAGAAUAGCAAGGAUGAGAGCGUUUUUGCUGAAUGAAAAUGAAAAGCAAAACACAAAAUCAAGUAGUGACGAGGAGAAACGCUGCUUUUCGCUGCUCCCAACUGUGCCUGGACCGGUGACGCGCCCCCCGCUGUGGUCCAAACGAACUUGCAGGUCGUGUCACCGAAGCGGUACCGUGACAUCACGUGUUAAUUGUAUAUUCAAUGCAAGUCUGCGUGUCCUCGCCGGUCCAUAGGAAAUAUGGUUUGCCCGGUACAAGGAGUAUGUUGUGUGAGGAACACAGUUUCGUGUGAUCUUGAACGUGACGGCGCCCGACUGAGCGCUACGCAGCCACGCGUUACUGCUUUCUGUUUUGUUGCAAUUCAAGCAUGAUUCAGUGUUGCCGAUAUUUCCAAGAGUAGACGUGUCGGGCUGCGAGAGAAAUUAUGUUUUCCACUUCCUCUGAAACUGAGGAGAUUCCUUGGUACAACUGUUAAGCAGCGUCAAUAAAUUCAUUUUC